UGGGAUUUUGGGAGUUCGGGAGCUCUGCUCUGUAAGCUUAUGCGCUCCCUCUCAAGAUGCAUUAAAGCUUUACUACAGAAGGAUCCUGAAUGUCCUGCGUCAUUCUUGCUGGCGAGACGGUAGCGCUGGACAACUGGUGCCGAAACCCGGGAAAUCGAGACCUCAUCAUCGUCAGCACCAUCGGAGAGCCCUUGGCUACAAGGAGGAUUCAGAACUGCAGGCAGGUACGAUUCGGAGAGGUAUGUCUUUUCUGGACUUUGGCUUGGGAUUGUCGAUCUUUUUUGCUGUUGUAGCACCCUUGAAGAGGUCCAGAAUAGCAUGUCAGAAACCGAACAUAGUGAGAGGUUGGGUGCGCACAAGAAAAAAACCGUCCACAAAAAAGGAAAAAGGCCCUCCCGGUGUGUCUAAUGACAAGGAAGUGUAUUUGUCAGAUCCUAGGGAUCCUUCCCCUGUUGUUAAAUUAAAGGGAGGAGCUGGCUUAUGCCCUGUACAUGAGCUUGAAGCCUUAAAUCUUGAUAGCUCUGAUGACUCUGAAAGCUCAGGAGAUGAGGUCUUAGAUACUGAUGAAGAGGCCGAAUUAGAGGAAGAAGCUGCCAGGUAUGAGGAAGAAAGAUACCACCUGGAUGAACAUAGGCAGAAUAGCAAAGAACCUCGAAGGCAGCAGCUUCAAGCAUCAGUCUCACAGGUUGUUCCUUCGGCGCCCCCUCCCUAUGAGAGGCGCCCGAAGUCUUAUUCCUUUCUUCCAGAAAAGGUAAAAAGAAAGCUGGGCCUCGCUUUUCCCAUCUUUGAGGGCAUUGAGGGAGAGUGUAUGCAUGCACCCAUGGAGUAUAAUCAGAUAAAAGAAUUGGCAGAAUCAGUCAGGAAAUAUGGAGUCACAGCCAACUUUACUCUUACACAAUUGGAUAGACUUGCCCUAAAUGCCUUGACGCCAUCUGACUGGCAGAUGGUCACAAAAGCUGCGCUUGUCAGCAUGGGCCAAUACAUGGAGUGGAAAGCACUCUGGCAUGAGGCCGCCCAAGAGCAGGCCAGAGCUAACGCGACGGCCUUAACUCCUGAGCAACAACUAUGGACAUUCGACCUGUUAACGGGCCAGGGUCGUUUUGCAGCUGAUCAAACAAAUUAUCAUUGGGGCGCUUAUCCACAAAUCGACAACGCGGCCAUUAGGGCCUGAAAGGUGCUCUCCAAGAAAGGAGGGGUUGACAAUCAGCUUACUAAAAUCAUUCAAGGAACCCAGGAGACUUUCUCCGAUUUUGUAGCAAGGAUGACAGAGGCAGCGGGAUGGAUCUUUGGCGAUCCUGAGCAGGCCGCACCUCUUGUUGAGCAACUUAUCUUUGAACAGGCCUCCCAAGAAUGUCGCGCAGCUAUAGCCCCGAGAAAAAACAAAGGAUUACAAGAUUGGCUUAGGGUCUGUAGAGAACUUGGGGGACCCCUUACUAAUGCAGGGUUAGCU